AUGACGGACGCUCAGUUUUCAGGCCAACACCGAGCUUCGGCAUAUCGAUUUCAAGCGCUAGCGAGUGAAGCCGUCUUCCAGCACGUAUCUGCAUCAGCGGACAGACUACGACCUCACGUGAAUCAUUUCCAUGGGCUCGACUGGCCCGACAUCGAGCAACACACUGACAAGUCGCCGUGCAGGUCCGCGCCCGCAGGCGUAUCCCACGACCUCAUAGACUCCCUACAGACGAGCCGCGAGACCGAUGCUUCCCGCGCCCAGCUCUCUGAGCUCCAGGUUCAGGCUCGCGUCGCUGAGGAGCUGAAGAAGCUCCAGGCCCGCGAGGCCGAGCACCUCAAGAAGAUUUUUAGCGCCGAGGACGAGGCGCCCGCUCCCGAUGCCAGCGCGCGCAGCCGCCAGUCGGUCACGAAGGAGGUCGAGGCGCUGAGGGCUAAGCUCGAGGAGCGCCGAAAGGUGCGCGAUUUGCCCGAGGGCGUUGAGAGCGCGCGGAGCGAGGUCGUGCGGUGCCUGCGGGAGAACGACCGUCGACCGCUGGACUGCUGGGAGGAGGUUGAGGCUUUCAAGCGCGAGGUGAAGAACUGGGAAAAGGGUUGGGUCGAGAAGGUCAUCUCUUGA